AUGAGACAGCGGAAGCUCUUGAUCUCGACGUUUCGCUUCCGGAAUCUCUCGGCAUUGGACUAUGGACAGGGCUGCUGGGUAGAGAACUAUCCCAUGGCAUUAAUGGAGAACUUGAUGGAGCGGGUAUUGCUGUUCUCGGCGUUCCGCUUCCUGAUUCUCUCGGCGUUCCGCUCUCUGAUUCUCCCGGCAGAGAAUUAG